GCAGAUUCUAUGCUGCCAUGUCGCCCUGAUGCAGAGUCAACUGGCGGAAAUAAAAGGCGGCUGCUCGUGCUGGUGCUGACGGAGUCACACCUGAAGCGCAGGAUUUUAGCUGCUGGUGGUUCAGUGGUUGAAUGCCCCCCAGAAAAGGAGCAACUGAUUACUGCCACAGGCUUGCACCAGUUGCACAUUCUGAUCUUCUUUUUGGCUGUGUUUCAUGUGGUAAAUAGUGCUCUUAUAAUGGUCCUUGGAAGAGCAAAGAUACACAGAUGGAAGGACUGGGAAAAGGAUACGACAUCGGCUGAGUAUGCCUUCACGACUGGUAUAUAUAUGUUCACUAUUCUUUGUUGUAUUGUUGCAAGUCCAUAAGUCAUCAUUCCAUCAAACUUUGC